AUGCCCGUCAUAGAGCGGUCUGCAGCUAUCCUGGAGCCCUGCAGCCUCCAUAAAACCCUUUCGACGGUCCGCACGGCUCGCCAGCUGCAUGCAGCCUUCUGGCGCCAUGGAGCUGCCGAGCUCGAACUUCUGAGCGCUGGACAGAUGCUCCCCGGCGAUCUCCUUUCGACCCCUUCCGAUGCAGGUCCAGGCAGGCCCGACGGGCCCUCGAUGGCCUCCAUUCUACCCUUUGACUUCCUCUAUCCUCAGAAUUCCGCGGGCCUUCGCCAGCGGCUCUACUCCAGUCCUAUCACAGGGGUAUGGGAACAAUCAGAGCGUUUGAGGCGCCCUUAUGCGUCAGCCCGAAUUGAUGCCCGAGCCUACACCGACCAUGCAGCCGAGAAACCAGCGGAUGAUUCUAUAAUACCCCAUCAAGAGGACGCCACAGAGGGGCUGGACGAGUCUGAGCAAAAGUCAGGGGCAAUUCAUGAAGACCAAUCGCAAAAUUCUAUCCAUAACGAUGACGAGUCUCCCGAGAACUUUGACUCGCGCCCAGAUGUCCCCAUGGAUGCUCAGCAUGCAGAAGAUAGCGCCGAUCCCAACACAACCGAGUCGGACUGGGUUGAAGUGUAUGAGGAGGCAGAGGCACGCGCGCCAGAAGCCCCGAGAGAUGAUAAGGACCGCCAACCGAAAGUCAAGAAUUCUGCAACGCCAUCGCAAAGAAAAUCCAACACAGGCAAGGAAGCAGGCGAAUACUACCCGAUAAUAGCACAUGAACAGGCCACUCUGGGUAGAACUCCAUAUGGCGUUGACAAACGUCUUGUCGAACGAGCAUUGGCCACUAAGAAGAAAACUGGCGUGUUGCCAAACGCUUUGGAAGAAGACCUCGGAUCAACCAAUUAUGGCACAAUAUCAAGACAUGCCAAAUCUUGGACCGAGGCAGACAUGAAGGUCAGCUUCGACGAGCUGGAUCUUCUUUGGGAGGUAUUCCAAAACCUCCCAGCGGAAGAACAGUAUGAACGCGCACAUAAACUAGUUCUUGAUCUAUCGCAGUCUCAGAGACUCGCCGACUAUUGGAGAAUUACUCAGGUCUUCCCUCUGAUCCGCGAAAACGUUUUCGAGGAGUCCAAAGUGGACGUCCGCCAGACAGCAGCCUACGUGAGGGCCGCCAUCAGGGCAUAUUACGCCCUUGGAGACAGUGAAGCGGGCAUGGAAAUCUAUAGGUCCUGGAUCAGUGUGAAAAGACGGCCUGUAGGGUUUGGAUACCCGGCUGCCGAAAUCAUUAAAGCCGCAGACUGGGCGCGGCUUGCAGAACUGUGGCAAGAGUAUUUCUAUCACAACUAUAACCAUUGGACGCCUGAAAUUCAUCAGAAGGAUUCAGAGCCAUCCCUGGCUCUUGCUUUGUACCCACAACAGCGUAUUUACCGAAGCGUGGAAGUCGAACAGACGGAAGCGCAACACAUAUACUCCAUUCCCGGUUUCAAGGACAAAUUGCUACAGUUGUUCGACUAUGUCUUUGACAAAGACACUCCUGACCGGCAGAAAAAGCCCUUGGAGUCGUUCUUGACCCUCGCCAUCCGAUGGGUCCUUCCGCAAUACAGACCUCGGGAUGCUUUUCGUAUGGUAAUGAGGCUUGAAGACCUCCGCCUAGGUCAGGAACUCAUAGAAUUGUGUGUCCAGAGGGGACAGCUGGCCCUGGCCACCCAAGCCUACAUUGAGCUUCGCUUGCUACCUGGUCGGGGGUUACCCGCUCCAGUGCUCAGGCUGUUGAUGAAUGAUAUCUUUUUGCCACAAAAAGACGUGCAAAAGAUGGAACUCGUCAUGCAGGACUGGCUCCGACGGUACUCACGGCUCGAUAUCACGGCCUAUAGGGCCUUUCUCUCGCUGUACGCGGCGGUUGGCGAUGUUGUUUCUUUCAAGCGUACAUACAAUAUGUUUGUCAAAGAAUAUCCCGACUCGGCAUGGGAUGGUGUCUAUGACAUGCUCCUGCUCUACAGACGCCGAGGUGAAACGGCAAUGGUUCAGCAGUUGUUCGACGAGAUGGAGGUGCGUUACAAGAGGAAACCUAGAACCAGACAUUGGAACGUGCUUUUGAGCGCCUACAAGCAUGACCACAACCGUGCCCUACAAGUUUUCGCGGAGCUUUGCGACGCCGUCGAGCCGAAUGACACAAGUUUCUCCAUUAUUAUCAAGAUCUUGGGCCAGAGAGGUGAGCUACAGUUUGUGCGAGAACUCUACCAAAUAGCCCUUGACAGUGGUAUCAAAAUGACACCGCGGAGCAAGGUGGGCUUGGUAGAUGCGCUCUGCCUCAACGACCAGCUUGAUGUAGCCGAACAGGUUUGCAAAGAGGAGACCCUCCAAGCAAAGAACAAGGAGUCACGAUCCAAUGUUCGACCUGUUUGGAACAGGCUCAUCAGACACUUCGCGGUCAGGCGGGAUCUGGUGUCCUGCCACCGUAUCCUCAAUGAGAUGGGGGACAUGAAUGUUGGCUAUGAUCCCAAUACCUACUACUUCCUGUUGAUGGCAUUGGCAUACACUCGUCAAGUUCACCACGGACUCCAUCUCAUUCGGGCAGCACAGGUAGAUGGCUUCUUCAAGCCAACGGGUAAACACUUUCUACUUCUGAUGGCAGGCUUUCUGAGAAACGGCGAGCUGCACAUGGUUGCUAAAGUCGACGAGCUUUUGACAAAUGCCGGCAUACCGAGAUCUUCCAGCACCACGCUCAGGAGUAUCAUGGCAUUGAUGGAGGCAGAAAAGACAGGGUUCAAAGCGCCUAACGGGAAGGCGCUGUCUAGCGACAACCUCCGUGAAGCUUUAAGCAUCUUCACCAAUUUCUUAAGGGAGCGCCAGUCUUCGGCCCGAGAAGGGACGGCCAAUAUCUACCCGAAAGAUGUGGGCAAGCUUCCAACUGACCUGUUUGCGUCCUUGAUCUUCUCUGCCGUAGUCACCCGGCAAGACAAGCGCGUGGCCGACAAGCUCUUGGAGAUCUUCCGGAUGCAAGAAGGAGACAGGGGGGGGACCAGCCAAUUUAGUGACAUCCGAAUGCUGGUGUCCAUCCUCAACUACGAGGCUUUCCAACGCGAUUUUGAUGACGUCAUGUUAAUCUGGGAAACAAUCUUUGAGAUGGCCCGCGAGGCCGGCCGUUCGGCUGCUGCAGACGUCGCCGCAACCGACGAUGCAUCAAGCCUGCGACGCUCGUCGGACCUGAUUGUGCCGGCGUGGAGAUUUGUGCUGGCCGACUCGCUCAAGACGAUGCAACGCCUGCUCGAGGCGCGAGGCGACGUCUCGGAACUCAAGGCGUUGUUCCAGCGCGUCCGCGCCGCAGGAUUCGAGCUGACGGGCCCCAAUUGGAACCACUACAUCCAGGGUCUAGCGCGCAUGGGCGAGUGGCGCGAGGCCUUUACCCUCUGCGAGCGCGUGCUCAUGCCCCAGUGGACCGGCUGGGCUAUGACCGAGGGCCGGAGGCAUGGCGUCAAGAACAAGCUGCCCCUUGAGGUGCGCCGUAUGGGAAGCAGGCUGGACUACCGCCGACCCAUCUCGUAUACCAUUAUCGAGCUGGGCCGACACUACGGCGAACUGAUCAACCUCGGGCCAUGGUCCCGCGAGGCCGACGAGCUGCUCACUUCCAUCAGAGCGGAGUGUCCCACGCUGAUCCGCGCAAUCAGCAGCUUCAGAGGCUCCACUAACCCUGAUCAGAAAGCGAUCCUUGAGGGGAAAGCUUUUGUUUCGAACCAGGCCAAGUGGAGGAAGAGACAGACCGAUUUCAAUUCCCAGAACCUUUCGGGUUCCAACCAGGAAGCAGUCUCCAUUCUGGACAACUUCUUGCCCAAAGAGAUGGCUGAGGUCGAACCCCCUGUGGAGCAGCCUGAUAGCAAUCCCGAUACCGAGGCCAAUACCGAGCCUUAUAUGGGGCCCGAAACGCUAGCCCUGCCCAACCCGGAGACCAUGUGA